AUGACGACUACCGGGCCAAUCAGGCCCAUCCCGCGUAGAGUCAGCAGAUCGUCGGGUCCAGAGAGAGUCUAUGCCCAGAAUAUCGCUCGACUGGAGCGCACUGCAGAAGAGAUUUCGAUGGGAGGGAGCGACAUUGGCGAGGAGAUCCGCAAGAUGAACGAGAUGGAGAAAGAGCGCAGUCGGCAGAACUCGAUCCAGAGCAGCCACCAUGGCGACAUAAGCGUGGUGCGCCCGCGGCCCCCAACGAGAAUGGGCAGCACCACCAGUUUGUACGCCGCAAACUCUAUUGUCGAGGCCAACAACACCGCACGCUGGGGUGGCUACUCGCCGCCAGCGUUCAUCACGUCUCCCGUGGGCUCAGUGCGCUCAGGAGCAUCGUGGUCGCACGCAUCGGCCAUGCCAUCUGCGUCGCGCACCACCUCGUCUCGCUUGGCCAUGGUCGAGCCUAUGCAGGAGGGAAACCCCCUCAACUCGCCAUUGGCACCCAGCAGCGUGUCGUUGUACUCACAGGAACACCAGAUGUCUCGACAAGCCUCACAGACGUCCUUUUCGAGACGAUACGACCAGAUCGCUGGCGAGAUCGAAGAACAAUUGCAGACCAUCCCUGCCACGCCUUCACCACAUCCUCCCGAGCACGACGAUUGUGCAGCACGCGAUGCUCCCGAUCGACCGCACUCGACGGACACGUACAGGGAGGCACAAUUAGCGUUCAAGGACUUUGACGGGGUGCACUACGAUCCUGACAGUGAGGAGUACGUGCUGGAAGAUGAUGGGGGCAACGAGGUGCGUCGUGUUUCGGCACGAACGUCUUCUGGUAGUCUGUUGGGUGCUGCAUCGCUUCUCAGGCAAUCGAAGGGAAAAGAGAGCAUGUUACAAUAUGGCGCGCCACCUCCGAAUCAGAACAUGGUGUAUUAUCCAGCACCGGUGCCACGUAUGUUGAACAUGCCGAAGCGUUUGUCACAGCAGCCACCGCCAAGUGUGCAGGCAAAGAGAAGGUCACAGAUGUUGCAGGAGCUGUCCAAGCAGAACAGAGAAUCUGCUCCUUGGAUCCCACCGAUUGCGUUUGACGAAGAGGGGAACCAGAGUCAGGCAGACGUUCGAAGCCAGCGGUCGGGCUCGCAGUCGACCCACAGCCAGGAUCCGAACCAACCUCGAGGCAUGCUCAACGAGCGCAUGAGCAUGCAUAACCCGCAGAAUCUACCACCGCAGCUACGAGCGUCGGUCUUCUUCGAGCACCCUUCCGUCACACACGAUGUAGAGUUGACCAAUGAGUCGGCCGUAGCCACGCUGGACAGUAUUCUGGCAGCCUCCGCUACUGCACCUGUCGAUGUUUUCACUCACCAUCCUUAUGCCGGCGAUGUACGAAAGUCUGUGUAUGCGCCAGAAGGGCACCAGAAGAGGAGGAGUACGGCAACGUUGGCCAAGAUACCAAGUGAGGAACAGGAGACGGAACAGCAGAAGAAGAUCAAGAAGAGACGGAGUAGCAGUAUUGGCAACUUCUUCCGCAGGAACAGCACUGAUCUGAAUGGUGAGAUGAAAGAGGUAGCCAGGUCACGGCCUGUCAGUAAGGGUAGCAUGCUCGACUUCAACGAGAGUGGUAACAAGCUAAGGAAGAGAAAGAGCCAGAUGAGUAUGGGUAGCAUGGGUGAUGAGGUUCAAAGAGCCGAGCGAUCGAACAGACCUGAUUCGGAGAUCAUGGCAGUUCAAAGGAGAGCAUCGAUGAUGUCCGGCGGGUUGAUAGCACAAGCGGCGAACGGUCCAGUAUCUGACGAGCGAGAGGAGCAAGACGACUUUGUUCGCGAGCAGCGGAUCCCCAGUGAUCCUCGUCCCGGCACGGCCAUGAGCAGGAACAAGGCUUUGACUGAGGGCCAACAAGUCGCUGCAGACUUCGAAGCUGAGGCGGACAACUCGGACAUCGACCUCGAAGAUCCCAUCUAUGCGCAACCUACGACUCUGCUAGCCGAAUUGCAGGUACGAAAGGCGAAGCUGAAGUCGCGGAACAGAACUGCUGCAACAGCAUAUCCCGGUGGCAUGCACAGUACACUGCUGCAACUUGAUGCUGUUGAAGCGAUCAAUUCUAGGAAGCGGCAGAAGCAGAAGAUUGCACUGGCUUGGGAAGAUCCGAACUCGCGUGCAGAAGCAGAAGCGCAAUUGGAAGCUGAAGAUGAAGAUGUGCCGCUUGGUAUGCUUUUCCCUUCGAAAGAAGGCCUGAUCGCACGCAGGAUGGGUGACGGCCGUGACUGGGACAGGCCUCUAGGUCUGAUGGCGAAGCGCGAGAUGGAAGAGAACGAGCCUUUGAGCAGUCGACGAACGCGACUCAAUCCAGGAGCACGGCCUUUGAGGCAGCAGUCGAGCAUGAACUUGUCUCAGCUCCAUCUUGCUGGACAGCCUGCAGCGGACGAAGCUGAAGACCCCGGUGAAACGCUGGGUCAACGAAAGGCGCGGUUGCGGUCAAAGGAAGCUCUGGACAGUGCUAUCAAGGACGUGGCAUUUGGAGAGGGCGAGCGACCGGACAGCACUUUCACAGCGGAUGUACUUGACCAAUUUCCUGAGUUGAGUCUGAACGACGACGGGACCAAGAAGGAAGACCAGGUCAAGGCGUCGCUAGGCGGUAAUCAGGCAACUGCUGAGACUGUACCGGAAGAAGAGACCCUCGGUGCACGACGAGCUAGACUUCAGCGUGAACGUGAGGCAUCGGGUGAGCACGCGCCUCAAGAAGAACAAGGCGCACGACCUGCGCUGCAGUCUCGACCAAGCCUGGCGAACCUCCUCUCGUCCAACCCUGUCGGACAACGCCCUGCCAUGAACCGCGACCAACAAAUGUCACAAGGCACGUUACUCCACGCACAUGGAAUACAGCAAGCAAAGUCAAAGCAAAACCUCCUCGCCACGAAUAUGCGCCAUAUCAGUGGUCAUAGCCCUACUGCCAAUGGCAUGUCCCAUCCCUCCACAUACCAACCAGCCGGCGCCGUCUUCGACCCUUCGCUUCCUGCCGGUCACAGAGACUUCACCACCGGCCUCCUCAGUGCCCAACGCAGCAGACCAGCAAACGGCGCUUUCAGCGGAGGCGCCUACGGCAAUUUCCAAGGCGCCGGUCUCCAAACCCCCAUGUCCAUGUCCGGCAUGGGUGGCUCAAAUCCUUACUUCGCGUCUCCGACUGCGGGUCUGGGUGGUUAUGGCAACACCAUGCCCAUGUACAUGCCACAGCAACAGCAACCACAGCAGAUGAAUGCGCCUGCUUACUAUGCGCUAAAUGGCGGGCAUGCGAGUAUGAUGCCGGGGAUGGUAUCGACUGCAGGUUAUAAUGUCAUGACGGGGACGGGCCAGUAUGCGUAUAAUGCGCAGAACGGGCUGGGGAUGGUCGAUGGACCGCCGCUUAAUCCUAAUCAGAGGGCGGCGAUCGAUCGGUGGAGGGUUAGUGUUGCGCCGUCUUAG